AUGCCGCUGCCGGCACGGGCACCACUCGAGUCACGGGUCCAUGGCUAUGUUCGUGUCCGCCCGCCAUUUGCGUCGGAAGCCGGAGAGCCCGACUAUGCCGCUGUCGUCUCCACCGCUGGUGACUUUGCCUCGCUCCACUGGCCGGCCUACGAGCGCGACUUCAAGUUCGACGCCGCCUUUGGUCCGGGCACCUCGCAGGCAGAUCUCUACUCUGCCGUUGCCGCUCCGGUUGUUGCCAAGGUCAUCAGCGGAUACAACGGCGCCGUGCUUGCUUAUGGCCAGACGGGGACCGGGAAAACAUACACACUCGGCAUGCUGCAGCACGAUGCGGCUCGGCCCGAGUCGGCAGGUGUUGUCCCGCGCGCCCUCGCCCAAAUCUUUGCUGCCGUCGACGACUCGGUCGAGGUCACCCUCUCGUUUGUGCAGGUCUACUGUGACCGCGUCUACGACUUGCUUGAUCCCGGAAACGAGGACCUUGCCGUCCGCGAGUCGCGCGAGCGCGGCUUCCACAUCCCCGGCCUCACCACGGCUGUCGUCGCGUCCGAGGCCGAGGCCAUGGCCGCCGUCGCGCGCGGCCUCGAAUCACGGGUCAUGGCCUCGACCCUGAUGAACGCCACCUCAUCCCGCUCUCACGUCAUGCUAGCUGUCGACAUCGUCGCCGAGGGCCAGUCCUCGCUCACUUCGUCCCGCCUCCUUCUCGUCGACCUCGCCGGCUCCGAGCGGGUGAAGAAGACCACCUCGUCUGGCCUCCGCCUGCAAGAAGCCAAGUUCAUCAACCAAUCGCUCUCUGCCCUCGGUAAUGUCAUCGCCGCAAAGGCUGAGCGCCGCCGCACCGUUCAUGUUCCCUGGCGCGACUCCAUCCUCACCAAGCUUCUCCAGUCGUGCCUCGACGGCUCGUCCAUCACCGCCCUCAUCGCCACUGUCGGACCGGCGCGCGCCAACCGCGAUGAGUCGCUUUCCACUCUGCAGUACGCGCAGCGCGCCAUGCACAUAUCCACGCACGCACAGGUCAACACCGUUGCCGCAGACGAUCCGCCUCCGCAGACGCUUGCGCCGCAGCCGGUGGCCUCGUCACCGCUGCCUGACCCCGCGUCGUCGGCCCGCAUUGCCGCCCUCGAGUCCAAGCUCGCCGAGUACGAGUCGGUCAUGGCCGACCUUGUGGCACAGAACCAGGCCCUCGCCGCUGCCGCUGAUCAACGCGCGGCCGAGCCGCAUCCGCAGCCGCAGCCUCAGUCUCAGCCGCCCGCUCAAGACGUCCUCGACUUUUUCCACCAGCUCUUCCACCGUGUCUACUCCAAGUCGACUCAACCGGUCCACCUUCUUGCCAAGCUGAAGGCCGAGACCAAGGCCGCCGCCGCGGGCUACGCCGCCCGCCUCGAUCUUGGUGGCAUUCCCGACGAGACCGCUCACUUUGACACCGAGCUCGCCCCGAUGUCUGCCUUUGCCUCGCAGCGCGCCUUUGUCGACUACGUCAAGCAGAUGGUCGCCUCCAUCGAGUCCAACAUCGACUUUACCCUUGAGCACCUCGAAGCCCGCUCCAAGCUCUGUGUCGAUAUGGCCGCAGAGCUCGACGCCCGUGACGUUGACCUCGACACCUGGGUCGCUAUCCUCAAGUUCCUUCUCUCCACCAACGAUUCGCUUCGCUCCAAGCUCGCCGCGCUUGACCCGGCCCUUGCCGCCGAGCAUGACACCCAAGCCCCAGGCGUGCUCCGCAAGGUCAUGGCCUACCUCGCUCAGCUUGAGAACCGCGAGUCCGAGUGGCGAUCCGCCCGCUCCGCCCCUCCUCCACCCUCACAUCAGUGAUGCCGCCAGCGCUGCCUCCAAAUCACGGUCGAGCUCGGUCGUGGGAUCUACAACCGCCGGCGCUUCCCUUUCCGCGGCAACGCCUUCCCGCUUGCGUUUUGCCCCGACACAUACUCCACUCGGGCCAGCCUCACUACUCUCUUGUACCCCGCCCGACUCGGCAGCCAUCUGCAUGCCCUCGGCCACCGUUCUCUGCAUGCCAUCCAGCCGAUGCUCGACUAGAUGCGCGAGCCGGACGACGUCAGCGGGCUCGACGUUGUCUUCGUCGUCUUCGAGAGCAGACGCCAGUUGCUCCACCUCCUUGGCGAGCGCCUCUUGCGUAAACUCAAAUAGCUCCAGCUGCCGCGUCCCGCGUCGACAGUAGAACCCAAACACGUACGACCACUUGAGCGCUGUUCGCGCCCGGAGAUGGGCCUUUGCUGCUCCCGCCAGCUGCUCCGCCAUGGUCCGCCGCAUCUCGCUACUUCCGCCGCCAGUCGUGCUGCUGCUGCUGCUGGUGAUCAUGUUCCCGAGCGACGCUGCAAGCUUCUGCGCAAACUCGCGAGAGACAUGAUGAUUGUUG